CAUUGAUAUUGAUAGGAUUUCUUCGUCUUUUCUUAUCUUUCUGGUAAAUUAUUCUGUUUGAUCGCCAUCCUUUAUAUACGACAUCAUCAGCAGUCUCGCGUUCAGUGCGUUGUAAUUCUCCAUUGCUGCACCAUUGCAAGGUCUUCUGUUGCAGAGUCUCGUAACAUGUGUGGAAUUCUUUGUAUUUUUGCUCACCACAGUUCCACAAACACCGACCCCGACAAGCAAGCAUCUUGCAAUGGAAGUUGCAGAAUGUUUAGUGAUCGUUUGGUAGUGAUCUCCAGUGAGUCAUUGCGUGAGUUAGCUUUUCGCCAGUCCGGCAAGCAACGCCAUCGUGGUCCCGAUCAAACCGGUGUGAUCGUAAGCGAAAAGGAAAGAUUCGUGUUGGUACAAGAGCGAUUAUCAGUAAUUGGGGUGAAAACUGGACGACAGCCACUUACCUCCAGCAGCGGUACUACGCAUCUCGUGGCCAAUGGAGAGAUUUAUAACUACCCGCACAUGGUGUCCUUGAUUCGAAAUGUCAACGGAAAUGAAUCUUACGAACCUCGCAGCGAUUGUGACGUCCUGGUAGCGUUCUACGAAUUGUUUGGUUCGGAUAAAUUGCUGCAAACUGUACGUGGGAUGUUUGCCUUUGUGCUGUAUAACUGUAGUACUCAUCAACUCCUGAUAGCACGUGACCCCGUCGGAAUCGUACCGCUUUACUACGGGUGGGAUGAAGCGGGAAGUCUUUGGGUCGCCAGUGAACUGAAGUGUCUUGUGGAGUGCUGUCGGGAAGUGGUUGUGUUUCCUCCCGGACAUGCGUACUAUGGACCCAGGGAGGACAUCAAUCCACAGUCUUAUUUUACAGCCCAUUGGAUGACGGGAAUUCCUACCGCCAGGACGGAUCUGGAACAAUUAAGACUUCAACUGGAAGCUGCUGUGGAGUCACAUCUGCAGUGUGAAGUUCCGCUUGGUGCCUUACUUAGUGGAGGACUCGAUUCUAGCCUGAUUGCCUCUAUUGCCACCAGAAUUUUGCGAAGAACUACCGGAAAUCCAAACUAUCGUAUGAAAACGUACAGCAUUGGUCUUGUUGGAGGUGGUCCAGAUUUACAGUACGCACGUACUGUAGCGCACCACAUCGGGAGUGAUCACACCGAGAUCCAUUAUAGUAUUCCUGAGGGUUUGGACCUUGUGCGGGAUGCUGUGUAUCAUGCCGAAACGUACGACGUCACGACGAUACGUUGCAUCGUACCGGUAAUGCUGUUGGCAAGGGCUAUCCGUAGCGAAGGCAUUCGGGUUGUGCUAUCGGGAGAAGGUGCAGACGAACUGUUUGGUGGCUAUCUUUAUUUCCAUCACGCACCUAGCGCUGCAGAAUUCCAUCGCGAAACAGUACGCCGGGUGUUUGGACUCCAUGUGUCCGACUGUCUCAGAGCAAACAAGGGAUGUGCUGCUUGGGGAUUGGAGCUUCGAGUACCUUUUCUCGAUACUGAUUUCUUACAGCACGUUAUGUCCAUUCGGCCGGAAGAUAGAGCACCCAGUUCGACGGAGAUCAAUGGUCACAAUGGAGUAGAAAAGCGUAUUCUUCGGCAAGCCUUUGCUGAUGGUAACUAUCUCCCCGAUCAAGUGCUUUGGAGACAGAAGGAGCAAUUUUCCGAUGGGGUAGGAUAUGCCUGGAUUGAUUCCAUCGCACAGUGGGCAUCGGACCGUGUACGUGACGAGGAGUUUGAGAUGGCAGCUGAUCGAUAUCCGUUCAACACACCGACCACUAAGGAAGCGUUCUACUAUCGGAAGCUGUUCGAGCAACUGUUCCCAGGGCCGUCCUUUGCCCGUACGGUACAACGAUGGACACCGCGGACAGAUUGGGGAUGUCCAGAAGAUCCAUCGGGCCGGAAGCAAAACGUUCAUCGAGAUCAUCUGACACGCACAGCGCAAUAGAUACUAAAUAAUGUAAAUCGAAGCAAUAAUUCUUAGAUUGCCAUUUGCACAUGUAUAGGAUUUCCCAUUCAAUAUGUUCCAUUCAACCUCAAUUUGAAUAAUUUCCAUAAGAUGACAUCCGUUUGCUACGUAACGCAAACGUAACGCUACGUAACUCAGGGCAAUUCAAAAUACAGCAAUCAAAUUAAACGUAAUGAGGAAUAAGAAUAGUACGAGACUUGCUCGUUCUUAUUGAUAGACGAUAAAUGAGAAAUCUUGGAAUCAACUGAUCUUCAUGUAAAGUUAAUCAGCCUUCUGAAUAAGUGCCCAAUGUUGUCUCUUGAGGAUUGAUUGCAUCUUGAAAAAAGCUUUUCUCUGUUCAAA